AUGUCACGUGGCUUUAUCCGGAGAAACGAAUCUCCAUUAGGCGAGAAGGUCCGGCGCGCAGAGGAAAGUGCAGCAUCCAUCCAUCGGUUCUACUGGCUUGUCGGCCGGUGUUAUUUUCAGUCCAGCAUCAAGCUCUCUUCCAAGAUGCCGAGAAAGCUGCGAGCCGCCGCCCAGGCCGCUGCGCAAUCAAUGAAGAAUGCCCCCCCUCCACUUCCCGAUGCUUCGGAUGAUGAAAUGAUAGAAGCCCCUCCGUCGCGUGAAUCGUCUCCGCCUGUAGUACCGGACGAAGCAGAUGACGAAGAGGAACAGCGCGAGGAUGCAGCGGAUGGAGAAGAGGAAGAAGAAGCGCCGACUUCACCACAGAAAGAGGAAGACGCCAGUACACCAGCACAACCUACACCAGCCCCGGAAUCAGAAGCUGCAGAUACACCCGCGCAGGACUCCAACCCUCCGUCACGGCCUGAUACCCCAACACACAUGGCACUCGGUCGCGUGUCUGCGAUUCCGCGAAAACGGCGCAUCGGCCGUCCGCCAAAGAACCGCCCUCCGGAUUGGGAUGCCCCAGCUGAUGGAUCGGCACCGCAGAUUCAGGUGAGCACGCCAGUCAAGAGGAGACGUGGCCGACCUGCUGCAAGUGGGGGACGAUGGGGACGGGGCCGUGGGCCGUCUCAUGUCACGCAGGUGCCGAUUGAUAAGGAAGGGAAUAUGAUGGAUGUUAUCGAUGAUGAGGUGGCUGUCCCAGGUGACCCAGAGGGCGACACCAAGGUCGAUAAGAAUGGUAUCCUGCAAGGUGAUCGAGAGUACAGAGUUCGGACGUUUACUAUUCUAAAUCGCGGCGAUCGCCAAUAUAUGUUGUCCACCGAGCCGGCGAGAUGUAUUGGAUUCAGGGAUUCGUAUUUGUUCUUCCAGAAACACAAAUUUCUCUACAAAAUUAUCAUCGACGAUGAUGCGAAACGCGACUUGAUCGAGAGAGAUAUCAUCCCUCAUUCCUACAAAGGUCGCGCUAUUGGUGUGGUUACUGCGCGGUCUGUGUUCCGAGAAUUCGGUGCAAAGAUCAUUGUCGGUGGCCGGAAAGUCAUUGAUGAUUACAAUGGCCAAGCUGCCCGGGAACGUGGCGAUGUGGAGGGUGAACUUGCUGUCCCCGAGGACAAGUUACCUGCGCCGGGUGAGCCAUACAAUAGGAACCAGUAUGUGGCAUGGCACGGAGCUAGCAGUGUUUAUCACACCAGCACGCCCACUAUCCCUAUCCCCGGUACUGGCAAGGCGGUAGAUUCCAAAAAGCGAAAAGUCACGGUCACAGGGGAUAACUGGAUGUUGGAGCAUGCUCGAGAAGCUGCCAAUUUCAAUGCUCUACUGUCGACUGCACGUCAGCAAAACCUUGAAGGCGUUUACGAUAUUCAGACGAACCUCUUCCAAUACCCUAAGAUCAUGCAGCCUUCCCACGCUCGUUGGGAGCGGCUGCCUCCCCCCGAUCCCCGGAGCGCAAACAAACUCACAAAAGAAAUGUCAACACUUACGCUGUCAAACGGCACAACCGAAGACGAAAACACUCAAGUAGAAACAACAGAAGAUGAAGAAACCAAGCCAGAAGAGACCCCUACCAUCUUCUCAUCCAUCCCUGCUACCCUCUCACGCCGUUUCGCCAUCCUCGACGUCCACACAGAAAGCCCCCCGUAUUCAAAUAUGGGUGUGCCUGGUCCGGAUGGCGAUGUUCAUGAUCUCGGUGCAAACGGUCUAAUCAGCGUCGCUAACCCCAAACAUCCUGAGUUCGUGAAUCCAGAGAUCCUCGAAGAACUACCCCCCGAGUGCAAGGAAGCUCUCAUUGAAGCCGCUUCACACGAAUGGGAGUGGAAGUCGAGAUGGUGCAGCGAAGUUGAUGAUGGUGCGAGGACCGUUCCGCUCAAGAGUUAUGCGUGGUUCCCUUGA